AUGAGUGAGGCCGCCCACGAACAUGGUAAACCAAAAAGACGGCGCGCGCGUUAUGCCUUGCGCGCUUGCGAUGAAUGCAAACGACGGAAAGGCCGGUGUGAUGGAGAUUCACCGUGCGCAUACUGCCGAAGGCGCUCUAUUGAAUGCCACUACGAUGAGGACCCUCGUUUUCUCUCAAACUGCGCCUGUGGUGGCUCUUGCUCAACUCACUACCCCAAGGAGUCUAUAGCAUAUGGAAAUCGGGGAAAUAUUAGUGAGAUUGAACGGUUGACGGGCUUGGUGGAGAAUAUGCAAAAGCAGAUUGAUAUUCUUGUCGAUGUUCGUAUGUCGCAAAAGAAUGAGCAGAAACAAGAUCAUUCAUAUACAGUUUUCGAAAGUCACAAGCACGCUGAUCUGAGUCCUGUCAAAUCAUCGAAUAAUCACCAACGGCCAGAUUAUCCUACCCCUGAUAAGGACAUGCCUUUGUUCUGUGGCGCAACGAGCUCGGAAUAUACUUUUAACGUGGCCGAACGCAAUAUUACUGCGACACAACAUCAGGGGAAGUCCCCCAAGCCAAACUCUACCUCUAAACAUUCUCCUCAUUUUGUUGAAAAGCAAUCAAGUCACAAUAAUCGCAACAGCUCUAUAGAAAAUCGACCGUCAAACAAAAAGUCUCAAGGAUCAGGUGCAUGCUUUUGCGAAGAUUGUUUACGCGCCCUUCGAACGUUGACAAAAGAUGAAGCUCUACGACUGGUAUACACCUACGAAGAUGUCGUCGGCAAUUUGCACCCUUUCCUCAAUCAAGAACGAUUCAAAUCUCAAGUAGAGGCAAUUUACACGGCGCUAGAAUCUAAGCAAGAAAUCAAAACUGGACGCCUAUGGAACAUUGAUGCGGAUGAUAUGGACAAUAUAAAAGUCGCUCUGGCAAUUGCGCUUCUUGCACUCAGCAUUGGGAAUAGCGAGAUUGGAGUAUCACUCUAUGCUAGUGUCCAAGACAAGAUCCACAAUGCCGUCUUCUCACCCAUAAAAAACCCUCGAAAGCUUGUUCUGCUGCUUCUUGUGGGUAUGUAUCAUUACUUCCAUGAUGAUUUACAGCUGGCGUGGCGAACUUGUGGCAUCGCAGGCAAGGUGGCCAUGGAGAUGGGACUACAUCGACAAGACGCACUACACAUGAUCGAAGAUGUGUCAGACCGUGCCGAGGUCGUAAAUAUACUAUGGAACAUUGUUGUUCUUGACAAGCAAUGGAGCUGUGCAGCUGGUCUCCCGCAUCAUUUUACAAGAAAUGGAUUUGCGAAGAUUUUGCCGGAGCCUCUGGAGAAUCCUUAUUUGAAAAUUAUGGCAUCAUAUGCGCCUUUUCACACUCGGUUCUGGGAUUUUUCAGGCACCAUGCGGACAGCAGGAGCUUGUGAAGACGAAGACUUAUUCGACAGUUGCAAUUACCAAAUCGAACAAUGGCGAAAGAGAUCUCUCGCAGAUUUAGAUUUUCUGCAUCCCAAGAUUCGCAGGAUUUCUACCCCAGCAAGUCUUCCACAGCCCGUGUCGACUCUUCUCUACCUUCGUGCCAAUCAGAUUCGCGGUCUUACUAUUCGCUCUGUCUAUCUGUCCGGCUCUAGUCUGGCAGGCAGUCGACAUAUUGUAAAGUCUGGAAUCGAAAUAGCCUGUGACACUAUCGACGUACUUGCAGACUUGGACGCAACUACUGAUAUAUACGCCAAACAGCACCCUUUCUUUCAACACUUUCUCACUUCUGCAGUAGCGCUAUUACUUUUGGUUAUUGCAUCCGAAUCCAAAAGAAACACGCUAUACAAGAUCAUUUCCGAUUUAUCAUCUUCCGUGGACCUCGGCGAGAGUAUCUCGCGCGCUUUCAGCCUAAACGCUUCGUAUUUCACUGUCUCCGGCGCUUCGAGACGCCUAUUCAAAAGGAUGAUAUCGAUGGCCGAGCCUCUUUCAAAGCUGGGCAUCUUCUAUCCUACAGGAUUUACGAAUAAAGAUCUCACACAUCUUUCUCUCCAACAUCAAGUUGACAGUGGUGCUCGUGGUAAUCCUCAGGAAUACCCUCAGAAUAAUGCUCUUCUACUUCUCAAAGGAACUGCGAACCUCUCAUCGCCCUUCAACAAUAUACCUCAACACGAGGUCUACCCAGAUAUCUUUACAACAGAAGGAGCAUCUGGCAUGGUACAGAGUAUGAGUGCCCCAUAUUCCCUAAUGGAUACCAAUUACGACGUUUUCCAGGGAUUCGAAUCUAUGAUAGAUGACCGGACCUGGAUGGAACUGGGUGCACUGUUUUCUUUUAAUCCGCAGUAA